AUGGAAGCACAGACACAUUCACUUGGAUCGACUCAGCCUGUACCCUCGUUUGUCUCUUCAAAGUCGGCACGUUCGCAGACCUUGUCGAGAUCGGAUGUAUGCGCCAAAUUCGUUACAACGACCACAGAUGGACGCGCGGAAGAAAUAACUUUAAGUAUCGGGAAGCCUAUAACCAUUGGAAGGAACCCGUCUCUUUGCUCGUACGUGAUACCGGAUAUCGUGGUAUCCAGCCUACAUUGCAAGAUACAUGCAGUCCAGUCCAGCACCGGAGGAAUCAUCGUAUCGUGCCAGGAUUUAUCGACAAACGGACUCAUUUUGAAUGGGCACAAAAUCCGCAAAGCGUCUGUCAUUGUCAUGAAUGGCGAUACCUUCAGAAUACCGGCCUCACAGACGUUUCAGUGCAUACUCAAGUGGAAGCACCUUCAUGAAAAAUACGCGUCGCAGCCUUCUCAAUCACAAACGCAAUCAUACAAAGACCUCGGUCGAUUCCUUAUCACAUCCCACUGCCUUGGGAGCGGUAGUUAUGCCACCGUACAGCUUGCACUUGAUACCACAGGUCAUCAACAGGCCGCCUGCAAGAUUAUUAGACGCAAGGAAGGUAAUGACCAAAGAAAAGAAAUGAAGGAGGCAACACUGCUCAUGAAUUUGCACCACCCCAAUAUUAACAGAGUAUAUGCUGUUGAUUUGGAUCCAGAAUUCCUAUACAUUAUGCUUGAACUCUGUACCGGCGGCGACCUUUUCACCUACAUCACCACGCACUCCAAGCAUCGAUUGUGCGAAGGGGAGGCAAAGUACAUCAUGUAUCAACUUCUCAAGGGCUUGAAGUACCUGCAUGAUCGUAUGAUCUCGCACAGAGAUCUUAAGCCAGAAAACAUCCUUCUUUUCUCGCCUGGACCGUACCCGCGCAUCCAGAUAGCCGACUUCGGUCUUGCACGUCCAAAAGCUUACCAAGAAACCUUGCAUGUCUGCGGCACUAUAUCCUAUCUCCCGCCAGAAGGCAUCCUGGCGCUCGAGCACAAGCAUCUUGGCUACGUUGGCAUGCCAGCUGACUGCUGGAGUGCGGGUGUGACGCUUUUUGCGAUGUUGACCGGAAGCCACCCAUUCGACUUUGCCAGUUCUUCUCAGUCUCGCGUCUCCCUUGACGACAUCGUGGAUUCUCAGGGUUUCGUCUUAUCCCAACAUGUGACGUCUCAAGAUGAAAGAACAAAGCAACGCAUCCUUGAUGGAAAGAUUUGCUUCCAUGAACCGAUCUGGGGUCCGCUUCGUGACGCCAAGAUCCUCGUCUCGCACCUUCUUGUCUCGGACCCUCGGGACCGUGCGACUGUGUACGCCGCGCUCAAGAGCUGGUGGAUUUGCAUGGACCUCGAAGAGUUGGAUCAAGCAUACCGGGAGCGGAUCCGAGUGCACUUCACGUAA